CGAACACCACACUCGUGGUUGAUCACUUCUAGAAUCAAGUCACAUUGCGUCAGCUUCGUAUUUUCACAGUAAAUUCAUUAAUAAUAAAUUAAUUGUUUAAAAAAUAUAUUAAUUUAAUUAUUUAAAAUAAAUAAUAAUAAAUUAAAUUACAUAAAAUGUAUACAGUGUCAAAAGGACCAAGUAAAAUUGUUGCUAAAACAAGAAGAGGGAUUAAUCAAAAUUUAGAAAGACUUGAUACAACAAGGGAUUCAUCUAAAAAAAAUGAUUCAACAGAGGACACCAACAAUGACGAAAUAUCCCGUCUUGCACAAAAACCUGUGUUUAAUGUCAAUGGAAAAAAUAAGUUUGUAUCACAGAGACACAGAACACAAGAAGUUAUUACACCACAACAUGAGGAACUUAUAAAAUACGUUCAUGAAUCAUGGAGUGAGGUUGAAGAUAGUGCUAGAGCUUCUGAGGAAACUAAUUCUACAGAAGCUGUUUAUUACAAUGAUGGUGAACCAAAUGAUGUUCUUCAAGAUUUUAAACCAUUUGACUUGGAAUCUUGGUGGGGUAAAAGAUUGUUCAACAAUAUUACAAAAUCACUUUGAGAUAUUAUGAAAUAUUUUUGAUAUUAUUCGUUAGCCAUGAAGAAUGAUCAAAAAAAAAAUUUAAUAAUUAAAUUUUUACAGUUAUAAUGAGAGGAAAUAUAUAUAUUAAUGCAGCUAGCAAUAAAAAAAAAUUAACAAAUGAGCCAUUUAUAAUUGCUGAAUAAAAAAUGAGCACAAAAUUAUUUUUUUUUUUAAUUUUUUUUUUUUUAAAUUAAAAAAAAUGUAGAUUUUGAUUCACCAUUUGAGUUUUUUUUUUUUUUUUAUUCUUUUUUUGUUCGGUUUAAGUUUGUUGAAUAAUAAUAUACAUUGCAAAUUUUUUUUUUUUAAAUAGUUAAAUUAAAUAUUAAAUGGUUUAUAAAAUGAGAAUGAAGAAAUAACUUAAUAAGAAAAUUCAGGUAAUUUUCUAAUACUUGUCUUCAAUUGUUCAAAUUUACAAGAAAAAAAAUUAUUAGAAAUUAGUAUAACAUUGUAGACUGAAUAUUUUUAAGUGUUGUUAUACAUCGUUGAUCAAACUAACUGAAUUAUUAUUAACAAACUAUUAUUGUUUACUAUUUUCUUUUUUUUUUCUUUUUAAUUGUUGCAAUUAUAAAUUUUGUUUUUGUUGUUAUAUAUAAAAAAAAAAAAAAAAAAUUGUUUAUCAAGAUUGUCAUUAUUACACCUGAUGCAAUAUGUAUAUAUAUUUUUUUUUUUUUUUGCUUUUUCUAUUGAUUAUUGAUCGACAAAAAAAAAAAAAAAAAAAAAGUCCAAGUUGUUAUAUUGAAUAAAAGUUAUCUUUGUACGCUCUAAAAU